AUGCCAGCAAUUUAGAACGUUUCCAGUUGCGCAUCUCCAAAAAGGAACUUUAUAGUGAGAAUGACACUUUUGUGGAUGCUGUGAUACGUGAUAUGAUUAAGUUGCCAAUACAACACGUCGUACAAAAAGAAGGCGGCACGCAACUUAAAUUAAUGAUUGAAUAUCCCAAUGACGUAAAGGCAUUAAUGAAACCCAUGAGAUUUCCCCGGGACCAACAAACUCUACCGAAUCAUUUCUACUUUACAGACUAUGAACGUCACAAUGCUGAGAUAGCCGCUUUCCAUUUGGACAGAAUCCUUGGUUUCCGUCGCGCAAUGCCAGUUACUGGACGUUUGCUUAACAUCACCACCGAAAUAUAUCAAGUGGCCGAUGAUAAUUUAUUAAAGACAUUCUUUGUCUCGCCAUCAUCCAAUUUGUGCUUCCAUGGCAAAUGCUCCUACUACUGCGACACAUCGCAUGCUAUUUGUGGCAACCCCGACAUGUUAGAGGGCUCGUUUGCUGCAUUUUUGCCCGCUUUUGACCAGACAGGACGAAAGGUUUGGCGCCAUCCUUGGCGUCGCUCCUAUCAUAAACGUAGAAAGGCGCAAUGGGAAACGGAUGCUAGCUACUGUUCCAUGGUGCGUGAUAUACCUCCAUAUGAUGAUGGACGUCGUUUAUUAGAUCUGAUGGAUAUGUCUGUAUUUGACUUUCUGAUAGGCAAUAUGGAUCGUCAUCAUUAUGAAACUUUCAAGUAAG